AUGUGUAUUAGAUGUGUGAGGUCGUUUGUUUACUCUUGAAUAUCGGCAAAAAUUUAACAUUUCCGCUACUUUGAGCUCAGUUUCAAGCCAUUUCCAAUGCUAAAACCAAUCAAAAUCAUCUCUAUUUCUGUAAUAUGUCUUCCAUUCUAUCAAAUGAGACCAAGAAAUCGCAAAUACAACUAUAAAAAACAUACGAAAAAACACUGCAAAGUUGCUGUUUUAAUCGAAAAAUCAUGAUUUCAUUUUUUUUCUCUCAUUAUACACAGUGUGCUGGAGGAUCUGUUUUAUGUGGUGCACACAUACCACAUAGAUGUAUUCUCUCAUAUCUAUGCCCAAAUGUACCACUCACAGUUUAUCAGAGUGAGCUGAGCUCAUGGCGUAGAUCUACGGUUUGGACCCUGAACAUAAAGCCGUAGAUCUACGGGACGGACCCUGAAAGGGUUGAGGAAAGAAGUCAACUUCACAACAUCAGAGUGCAGGGUGAAGCUGCAAGUGCUGACAAUUUAGCUGCAGAAAAUUAUCCACGUGAACUAGCCGAGAUAAUAGAAUGUGGUGGAUAUACCAAGCAAUAGAUUUUUAAUGUGGAUGAGACUGCAUUAUUUUGGAAGAAGAUGCCAUCUAGGACACUUAUUGCUAAGGAAGAGAAGUCAAUGCCUGGCUUCAAAGCUGCAAAAGACAGGCUAACACUCUUGCUAGGAGCGAAUGCAGUUGGUGACUGCAAGUUAAAACCAAUGAUGAUUUAUCGCUCAGAGAAUCCUAUGGCCCUAAAGAACUAUGCAAAAGGCAGCCUCCCUGUUUAUUAUAAAUCUAAUUCGAAAGCUUGGAUGACUGCCAAUCUUUUCAUAAGUUGGUAUACCAACUAUUUUAAACCUACAGUUGAGGCCUAAACAAAAUAAAUUAAAAACCUUUUGGAAAGGUUUCACAAUUUUGGAUGGUAUUAAAAAUAUUAGAGAUGCAUGGAAUGAAAUUAAAGAAACUACUCUCAAAGGUGUUUGGAAGAAUCUGAUUCCUGAACUUAUGGAUGAUUUUGAAGGUUUUGAGAAUCCAGUGGAGGAAGUGUGUGUAAAUGUUGUGGAUAUGGCAAGGGAAUUAGAACUGGAAGUGGAGCCUGAGGAUGUGGAAGAACUGCUUCUCUCUCAUGUUGAGGCUCUGACAGACCAAGACCUUCUUCUGAUUGAAGAGCAAAGAAAGAAAUUUCAUGAAGAAGAGAUCCAUCCUGAUGAUAGUCCUGUUACCAUUAAAUAAAUGAAAACCCAGGAUUUGGAAGAAGCUAUCAACCAUACAGAAAUAGCAAUGACAAUUUUUGAGAAGAUUGAUCCAAAUUUUGAAUGAAGUUCAACAGUGAAUGCAUCCCUUUCCCAUGAUGUUACAUGCUUGAACAACAGCCUUGAACAACCUUCAACAUCAACAGCUAGCCUUCAACAUCAACAGUUAGCCUUCAACAUCAACAGCUAACCUUCAAUAGCCUUCAACAUCAACAGCUAACCUUCAACAGCCUUCAACAUCAACAGCAACAUACACCCCUUCAAAAGCUUCACAAAAGUCUCCAAAAUGAAUCAAAUUAGUUGAAGAAUUAGAGGAUGAUGAUCUGCCAUCUCAUGAUUUGAUUCAAUAACUACAUUGCCACUCACCUCUCACACAUUCAUAUUAAGUAAUUAAAGAAGUAUUUUGUGGAAGACCACUACCAAGUUGUAUCUUCCAAGUACAUCAAGAAACAUCUGUUUUGUUUAACAACCACUACUGCAGAAGAAUUUUCUGGAACACUACCAGGUUGUACCUGAAUGAGCACCAUACCUUCAAUAUUGCAAGAACACCAACACUUGUGAUUCUGAUGAAUUUUUAACUGGCCUUCAGUAUUGCAAGAAGAGCAUCACUUGUGAUUCUGAUUUUUUUUAAUUGGCCUUGCAUUAUUAAUAAUAAAAAAAUUUCAUAAAUAGAAUUCUCUCUGAAAAUUUCAAGGCAGUUCAAAGAAAAAUAAAAGUUAGUAAUGCUGUAGUUAACAAUUUUCAGAAAAUGCAUGUUUAAACUUAAGAAAAAAUGUUCUUCAGUGUAUCUGCAGAAUUCUAAUACUUAUGUUAGUCAUUUUACAAACGAACAAAAAUUAUUGCAGUUCUUUAAGUUAAAAAAUAAACUUAAUUAGAGAAAUAGUUUUGUAGCCUGGUAAUAUAUUCAUGUGGAAAACUGUGUCUUCAGUGUCCAAAAUAGUUUAACAAAAAGUAAAUCUUGAAAAAUACAUAAGAGUACAUAAGAAAGAUUAAUGAUACCACUGUUGAAUAACUAAAAUAUUUUAAAAUGAAAUACCUUCUCUUGAAAAUUAUGAAACAUAAAGGAAAUAAACCAUAUCAGUGUUCAGAAUGUCUGAAAUGUUUUAGUAUAAAAAGCCAUCUUGUAACACAUAUGCGAGUACAUACAGGAGAAAAACCAUUUCAGUGUUCAGAGUGUCUGAAAUGUUUUAGUGUAAAAAGCCAUCUUGUAACACAUAUGCGAGUACAUACAGGAGAAAAACCAUUUCAGUGUUCAGAGUGUCUGAAAUGUUUUAGUGUAAAAAGCUAUCUUGUAACACAUAUGCAAGUACAUACAGGAGAAAAACCAUUUCAGUGUUCAGAGUGUCUGAAAUGUUUUAGUGAAAAAGGCAGUCUUGUGAGACAUUUACAAGUACACUCGGGAGAGAAACCAUUUCAAUGUUCAGAGUGUCUGAAAUGUUUUAGUGGAAAAGGUAGUCUUGUGAAACAUAAACGAGUACAUACAGGAGAAAAACCAUUUCAGUGUUCAGAGUGUCUGAAAUGUUUUAGUGUAAAAGGCAGUCUUGUGAGACAUUUACAAGUACACUCAGGAGAGAAACCAUUUCAAUGUUCAGAGUGUAUGAAAUGUUUUAGCUUAAAAAGCAGUCUUGUUCAGCAUAUGCAUGUACACACAGGAGAUAAACCAUUUCAGUGUUCAGAGUGUCUGAAAUGUUUUACUGAAAAAGGUAGUCUUAUGAAACAUAAACGAGUACAUUCAGGAGAUAAACCAUUUCAAUGUUCAGAGUGUCUGAAAUGUUUUACUGAAAAAGGUAGUCUUAUGAAACAUAAACAAGUACAUUCAGGAGAUAAACCAUUUCAAUGUUCAGAGUGUCUGAAAUGUUUUAGUAAAAAGGGCAAUCUUUUGACUCAUAUGCAAAUACAUACAGGAGAUAAACCAUUUCAAUGUGCAGAGUGUCUGAAAUGUUUCAGUCAAAAGGGCAGUCUCUUGAAUCAUAUGCAAAUACAUACAGGAGAUAAACCAUUUCAAUGUACAGAGUGUCUGAAAUGUUUUACUGUAAAAGGCAGUCUUGUGACACAUAUGCGAAUACAUGCAGGAGAUAAACCAUUUCAAUGUACACAGUGUCUGAAAUGUUUUACUGUAAAAGGCAGUCUUGUGACACAUAUGCGAAAACAUACAGGAGAUAAACCAUUUCAAUGUGCAGAGUGUCUGAAACGUUUUACUUUAAAAGGCAGUCUUGUGAGACAUAUGCGAAAACAUACAGGAGAUAAAUCAUUUCAGUGUUCAGAGUGUCUGAAAUGUUUUAUUGUAAAGAGCCAUCUUGUGUCACAUAUGCGAAUACAUACAGGAGAAAAACCAUUUCAGUGUUCAGAGUGUCUGAAAUGUUUUAUUGUAAAGAGCUAUCUUGUGUCACAUAUGCGAAUACAUACAGGAGAAAAACCAUUUCAGUGUUCAGAAGUGACUGAAAUGUUUUAUUGUAAAGACCAACUAUGUGGUCACAUAUGCGAAUACAACAGGAGAAAAACCAAUUGCAGUUUUCAGAGUGUCUGA